AUGUACGAAGUUGAGAAAUUUUGGAUUGCCCACGGGGCCAUGGUCUUCUUAGGGGCAUGGAUCCCUUCCGUCGUUCUAUUCUUCUGCAGUUUCUGUCUCGUCCGUCGCAAGAAGGAUCCCGCGAGAACUGCUUUCACGUACCUCAAGUUGGCUCUUUUAGUGUUCUCAGGCUAUACCUUCUUCGACUUUGCCUCAUACGUUGUCUCAGUCGUGCACUCUCAAUUAUACUACAGCGGGAGAAUCGACAGUGACUUUGACUCCCACUAUUCGAAAACCCUGCUAGUCACCGUCCAAGUCCUCGUGACCCUUGCUCUAAUCUAUGAUAUGGUCACCGACAUUCUCAUCAUGAUCAUCCUCCUCCGUCUCGGCACCGGCAUCGUCAUGGUCCAAACAGGCCGCCCCGAUCCAAAGGGCAAGAUCCUCCGCCUUUUCUCAUACAUCGCAGCAGCUAUCCUCUUCAUUCUCGCCUUAACCGCCUUCGGUCUUCGGAUUCGAUAUAUUUAUGAAGUAUUCUUCAACGAUGUUCGCGUUGGUGCGGAUAGCUUCACCAAAUCUCGACAGAUCGGCUUUUCUUUCAGCGUUCUGAUCUUUGUCAUCUCUCUCGCUAUCGUUGCUCGAGCAAUCAUGAUCAAGGUGCAAUCGAAGGGCGAGAAUGCUCUCACUUGGUGCUCAAUCAUGUUCAUCGCCGCAUCUGUUGUUUGGCUCAUGCGCACAACGUUCAAUAUGGCGUCGACAGCUGCCUGGACCAAUUUGAGCAGUGCAUUCCGCGACCCUGAGUAUAAAGAUGCUUACUACAUCCUCGAAGUCGUCUUUGCCAUUUGGCCACAGUUCAUUGUCCUCUGUAUGGUCUUCGCUAUUGGUCGUGCUAGGAACAAUGGUAUUUGGUCGAAGCAGGAGCAGGAGCCCGUGAAGGGUGUUGAGGCUGGAGAGCGUACGGCUUGGGGUUAUGGACAGGUCGCUCCUCAGGCACAGAACACUGUACCUAUGCCUCAAGAGCAGCACUACCCACAGCCGGAACAGCAGCAGAUGCCUCAGGGAUGGAGUCCUCAACAACAAAUGCCCCAGCAGCAAAAUGGUUACUAUGCACCACAACAACCUCAGUACGCCGCUUAUGAUGCUAUAUCUCCUGUGUCUCAGUCCAGAUCACCACCUCCUCAUGAGGAGACGUUGGGCUUGAACCACCAGGCUGACGGUACUCCUCCCCAGGUAUCACCUCAGCCUUACCCGGAGAAGCAUUAG